AUGAAGCGAGAAUUGUCUUUAGUUGCUUCAUCAGGAGUGGGAAUUAUUUUUCAGGAAAUCUCAUUAAAUGCUUCAAUUAGCAUUGAAAUGACCAACCAAGUAGAAACUCCGAUCCCUGUUAUCGACUGCUUAAAACCAAUGAAGCUAAAUUUUGAUAUCGUUCAUCUCAUUUGCAAUUCUGAUAUUUAA